CAUGACACCAAUUGUAUUGAUUUGUUUAGCCCUUGUCGGACUCGCGGCAUCGGAGGCCGGUGAAAAAGGAUACAGUCCAAAAUAUAACCUAAAAACAUAUGGAAAUCCUUUCGGACCAGGUAAUAGUGGUAGUUAUGGAUAUCAAGGAAAUGGUGGCUUUGGAUAUCCGUCUUAUGGUAGAUCAGGGUAUGGAUACGGGGGAUAUUCCAAUAACGCUGAUGGUUACGGUUCACCAUUAAGCAUUGGUGGUUAUGCUGGAUACAAUGGAUAUAGUGCACAGAGUGGAUAUCCUGGAUACGGGUAUUUGCACGGCAGAGGAUUGAACGGAUUUAGUGGUUAUGGAAAUUACGGUGUUUUCGGUAAAGGAAUAGGACCUUUCAAGGGUUAUGGAUUAGGGCGAGGACUUGGAGGAUAUAACAAUUUAAAUGGUUAUGGGACAUAUGGUAUUAACGGUAUAAAUAAUUAUGGGGCAUACGGUGUUCAUAAUAAUGGACCAUAUGGUAUUGGUGGUAUUAGUGGUAUGAAUGGUUAUGGAUCAUAUGGUAUUGGUGGUUUGAAUGGUUAUGGAUCAUAUGGUAUUGGUGGUUUGAAUGGUUAUGGAUCAUAUGGUAUUGGUGGUUUAAAUGGUUAUGGAUCAUAUGGUAUUGGCGGUAUAAAUGGUAAUGGUAUGGGUGUCAUUGGUGGAAUCAUAAAUGGAAGAAACCACCACAGUGGUUUUGGCAGUUUCGGUAAAUUUGGGGGUAAAAAGGGAACAUAUUAGAAUCCAC